GCUAACUUCAAUUCAAUUGGGGUGACUUUCCUCCUCUUUUCGUCUUUCCCAGUGACAUGAAAUGAAAUCCCGCUGACAAGAUCAUGUCUCCCUGGUUGUCAUUUGGUAGCUCGUUAUCUAACGGCCUCCUCAAAUGAAGUGGGCUCAGAGAAAGUUGUGUACUUGUGUGCAAGCCUUCCGGGAACGCUGGUACAGCAGUUAUUGCCUCCCAUCCCCAUCGAAUGCCACUAGUCAAAACUCACAAGUUGGUAACCCACAAUUAUGGGGCAAGUGGGUACUUUUCUCCCAAUGUGAAUAAGGAAAAGGCCGAGCCUUUGCUUCGGGGAUCGAAAUUCACACAAGGAUUAAGAAAAUGCAGAGCAAAUUGUAAUCCUUUCUUCGCAGCAGACCGCCCAUACAUAUGCCCUUGACGUCAGAUUCAAGAAUGUGAAAAGGAACAAGUGAAGAAAAACAGCCCCAGUCCCAUACCCCUACCGGGAUCUACCCUCCCACUGAUUUGGGCUACCACUCUCACUCCCGGAGAGACAAUGGGAUUGGUUUGUGUGGGUGGAGGAGGAAGAGGACCCCACAGGGUCACCCACCGCCCCGCGCAACCCCACCCUUCAGACGGUCAACAGCUCAACUUCACCCGUCACAGUCGCCUGUAGCCCCCACCCCCAUCCCGCAAAGAGAUCCUGUCUCUGCUCAUUUUUUAUUCCAUACUUUUGCUGUACACUUGUAUGAUAAAAUGCUCAAGAGAGGUUCUUACUGGUUGGUUACGUUACCCACUCUUAGCUGGAAAAUCUCAAUUCCCAUCAUUUGCCUACUAGGCCUCGGUGCGUUUUUUUGUUUCUUUCCUAUGAUAUUGGGAUAAAGCGGAGUGGGUCUUUUGCACAUGGAGUCAUCUUUGAGCUUUUUCCAACUUUUAGGGUUCCCGUUGAGUGGGUCAAAAGAGCUCCAUUGCUGAACUUUUCUCCUUCACAUUCAUGUGUUGCUGUUGUAUUCUUCUAUAAAAACUAUCCACUCUUCCAUGUUGAUAUAACUCGAGUCUUGGUCAACUUUUGUUCUUCUUUUGUUGAUUCGGGGAACCCAUUGAUUGUACGAAAGCUGGAAUAUUUUGACUUAUUUUUUAGGUGGCUGUUGGCAUAUUAUCUACCACUUCUAUCCUCAAUAUAUACUACUCCGUAAUAUACAAGUAUUCAAUAGUGUACCUGCUUAAAACUUUGCCAUUGGUUGUUCUUCCACGGUGGGUGGCCUAACUUUUAAAAUGAUUCUCUUCUUGAUCACAUCCUUCACCUUCAUCACCAUUUUCUACAAAUCUUUAUCUUUUAAGACAGUACCUCUAUGGGCUGCCGACUUUAGAUUGUUGUCCUUCUGUUUCUGGAAAGAUUUCUCUCUUGUUGGUUUGAUUCCUCCAAGAAGGCCACUACCCAGGAGCAAACCUGGUAUCUCCUCCGAGGCAGAUCAUGUUGAGAAUAUAUAUGAGAUGUCAGUCUUAGAUUUGCCUGACCUGGUGUUAGAAUGCAUUCUGGAAAAGCUCCCUCCACAGGGGCUAUGUGAGUUGGCCAGUGUUUGUAGCUCCCUGAGGGAGAGAUGCAUAAGUGAUCAUCUAUGGGAAAGGCACUUAAAGCAAAAAUGGGGAAAGAUCAUCGGCCCUUCUGCCUACAGGGAAUGGCAGUCCCAUAUCACUUCCAGAAAGGAUUCCAGUUUUUUUCACCAAUGCAAGAAGAAAGGCUUUCUAAUAAGUUAUCUCACCAGGUUUUGGCCUCUUUCUGGAACUCUUGGCCCGAAUUUGGAAGGUGGUGACAAGAGAAGUUAUUUUCCACCUGUUGAUUCUAAAAUGUUCUGGUUUCUUGCUCUUGAAUCUGGGAAGUUUUGGUUCCCUGCUCAAGUAUACAACCGUGAGAAUGGUCACGUUGGGUUUAUGUUAUCUUGCUAUGAUGCUGAACUUAGCUAUGACUCCAAGACUGACACUUUCCAGGCUAGGUAUCCACCUCAUGGCAGGAUGGCAGUUGCAAUUGAGACUGGUGUGACAUGGGAUAGACUAAGAGCUCCUCCUGUUGAUACCUCUCCACAUAAUCUUCACAUCUCUGAUUGCUUGAAUGAUUUGAGCCCUGGGGAUCACAUUGAAAUCCAAUGGAGAAGAAACAAGAAAUUCCCAUAUGGGUGGUGGUAUGGCAUUGUUGGCCACUUGGAAACAUGUGAUGGGAUUCACAGCUACUGUCGUUGUAAUGAAAGUGAUAUCGUAUCCCUAGAGUUCAAUCAAUAUGCUGCUGGAUCGCGGUGGAGAAGAACGAUCGUUAGCAGAAAAGAGCACCGUGAGGAAGGAAACGAGGCGGACGGGUUCUACGGAGGAAUCAAGAAAGUUCACAGCAAAGAAGAGAUUUCAGCUUGGAAACGGCUCUGGCCAGUUGAAGACCUGGAGUAGAUCAGAUUUGGUAGAUGAACAUCACACUAGAAAGGGCACUUUGUAAAGUCACUGUCACCCGUUCUCUCUAAUCAUGGUUCUAUUCUUGGAGCGAGAUUACCUUGUAAUUCUUCACUUCAUAGAUAGUAACCGCAUCCUGUCCAGAAUGAUGGAAAGUGAUGAUGGAGUAUAUAAUUGGUGUGCGUGAUUGAACUGAUCUUUGUCGAACUCAAAGCUAUUAAUUGAUUAUAAUAAGUAAUAACGGCUGCUGUGUCUUCUUCUCGUUGGGUUGGAUCAGGGCCGGUUCUGAGGGGG